AUGACCGAAGACGUGACGGAUCUCGAAGAGCACGCGAAGGCACACGAGGAGGAGGCAUCGUCUGGCGUGGCUUCCUCUUCUUCACAGAAGGCGUCGUGUGCACUGUGCAUGGAGCCGACGUCCGAUCUGGAGAAGCAUCUCAUCGAACAGCACCGAAUCGCUGAAAGUGCCAUCGAGAAGUUUCUACUGGCAGAGAGGACUGGGAAUCAGAAUCUUCAAAAAAUCAACCUUUCCAGAUUUUUUCAACUUCCUCAACCUCUAAUCCAGCCAAGACUCCCUAAAACCCUGAAGUCUUCCAGAGAAGCCUCCACGUCAUCUGAACCGUCGCCAGAAUUCCCGCAUCGGUGCUCCAAGUGCUCCAUGGCGUUCCGAAGCGAAUCGCAACUCCAGACGCACUCUCUUCAGCACGUCUUCCAAAGUUUUCACAAGUGUCCGACGUGUGGCGACUCAUUUGAUGAGAACAACAUUGUUACCCAUAUGCUGGAACACACAAAAGAAGAAUGUGAAAUGUGCUCGGAAACGUUUCCAUCAAAAGAAGCUUUUCUAUCUCAUCUGAAUUCGGCACGUCAUCUGCAGCAAGCCAAAAAACAGUUGGAAAGCACAAUGGUGGACCUUAAUUCGCAGGACCCCACAUCUUCCGAAAAGCAACGAGUUUAUGUGUGUAACGUCUGCAAACAGUCGUAUCCACAAGCGGCUAAUCUCGACGUACACAUGCGAUCAGUGACACAUCAAAGUCGGAUGGGUCGGCUGGCCGAAUUGGUCGCCAACGGAGAUCUGAACCCAGAGAAGCCCGUCUUCGAGCAACCGGGUAUACCUGCGCAGACCAUUCAGAGCUUCAUUGAGACGACCUCCUCCCAACCCAAUCUCAACGACCUGAUGUCGCUGCUCACUAGGUCGGAAUCUGAUGACGUUCGAGAAGAAGUGAAUGGUCUUCAAUUGCUCACACAAAUCAGAGUCUAUGGGGAACCCAAAAUCACAAGUUUGGUCCCAGGAUUAGAUGGGAAAAUCGACAACAUUGCACUGUUUGACGAUCAGCAAGCACUGGAAAUUUCGAAAAUCGAUUGUGGCGUUUGUGGUCAGCAAAUCGUAGGAAUCCUGGCCCUCAACCUUCAUUACGAGGAAUCUCACUCCUCGAAAAUCCCAUCUGAUGUUCUUAGGAAGUUCGGUGAGAAGAUUCUAGUCGCCGUACAGCAUAUCAAUCGGGAGAACAAGAGUAAUGAUGGCUCACAGAGCCCACAGAGCAAUGAUGACGAGCCUCUGGAGAAGAAGAUCAAGAUGGAGCAUAACGUUGAUCCAAACGCAGCUGCCAAUCAAUUCGCAAUGUUUCAACAGAUGAUGAGUUGCUUCCCAUUCAUGGCACCUCCUGGAGCCGCUGGUGCGUUUUCUGGGUUCUCACCGGAGAUGUUGAAUCAGUUGAUGAAUCCGGCGGCUGCAGCGGCGGCUGCAGCUGCUGCUGCAAACGUUGGGAAUAGUUCCACACAGAAGCGAGCGAGGACAAGGAUCACUGAUGAUCAGUUAAAGGUUUUGAGACAAUACUUCAACAUCAACAACUCCCCAUCGGAGGCUCAAAUCAAGGAAAUGUCCCAAAAGUCGGGACUUCCGGAGAAAGUAAUCAAGCAUUGGUUCCGCAACACACUCUUCAAGGAACGCCAACGCGACAAAGACUCCCCAUACAACUUUAGCAUUCCACCUCAGAUGGGCAUCGACCUCGACGUCUAUGAGAAGACUGGAGAGACCAAAGUGCACUCUCUGAGCAGCGAAACCCCAAUUAAAUCGGAAUUGAGCUCUGCGCGAGCAACACCAACGCUUCCCCUACCACUGGUUGUCGAGGAAAAGAAGCUUCCAGAGAAGAUUCCAGAGACCAAGAGCCAAUCCUCAUCAGCUUCUUCCUCUCAGCUCAACCUCCAAGCAAUGCUCUCUCAAAUGCAAAACAACUUUUUCGACCCAACCACUUUUAUGGCCGCUGCCGCGAACCCCAUGACCAAUCCAUCAACCCCGUCGUCAUGUAACACAACUUCUAGUGGUCGGAGAGCCAAUCGAACACGAUUCACGGAUUUCCAGCUACGCACGCUUCAGCAGUUCUUUGACAAGCAAGCCUAUCCAAAAGAUGAUGACUUGGAAGCGUUGAGCAAGAAGUUGCAGUUGAGCCCACGGGUAAUUGUCGUGUGGUUCCAGAAUGCGAGGCAGAAGGCGCGAAAGAUCUAUGAGAAUCAGCCGAAUCACGAGAACUCGGAUCGAUUUGUGCGGACGCCGGGGUCGAAUUUUCAGUGUAAAAGAUGCAACCAAGUCUUCCAACGCUACUACGAACUCAUCCAACAUCAGCAGAAGAAGUGCUACAAGGACGACGGCGCCGCACUGGCCAGCGAUAACAAAAGUGUGGAAGAAUCGUUGACCGACGAGGAAAAAGCUCAACUGCUAGCCCAACAACAAGUCCUCACAAUGGAUAUUCCAAAGUUCCAACCAGCGGAUCUUCUUAAGAUGAUUGGUGCCGCCGGUGGCUCCAGCUCCUCCAGUGAUGUCCUAAUGAAGAUGUGCGAGAAUAUUGGAUUCCACAAAACGUGUCUUUUUUGUCAGCAAGAGUUCCGGGACAAGAAUGCGAUGACAGAGCAUAUGAACCAGAAGCAUAACAUGGCUUUUGCCAACAUCGAUGUUGAUAUGAUGCCAGACGCGUCGGAUAUGUUUCUAGAUAAUAAGGAGUCAGCGUUGGACCUAUCUGGGUCAUCAGUAGACUAUCGAGAGUCGAUUAGUACGAGUCCUCCAAGAUCUGAAGAUGAUGUGCUCACGGAGCAACUCGAUGAUUCUACUUUCGCAGCGUUGCUCUCAAAUGGGGGCUCUGGAUCCGAGUGUAGGUCGCCAGCAAGCAGCUCAAAACGAUUUCGUACCCAUUUAACACCGAUGCAAGUUCAAAUGAUGAAAAGUGUAUUCAAUGAAUACAAGACGCCAUCGAUGGCCGAGUGUGAGCUUCUAGGGAAGGAGGUGGGACUUCACAAACGUGUCGUUCAAGUGUGGUUUCAAAAUGCGAGAGCCAAGGAGAGAAAGACACGGGGUACUGUAGACGAAGAGUCGAGAUCCGGGGAAUUGAAUUGUGAGCAGUGUGACAAAAGUUUUGGGACGAGAUUGGCACUGCAGGAUCAUCUUUUCACGGCGGAGCAUAUUGGUGUGUUGAGAGCACAGCUUAAGAAGGAAGGGGUGUCGGAAUUGACGACGGCGUCGGUGACCGAGUGCUCGCCGGAGAAGAAAUCCUCCAAAACGGCUCAAAACGCGUUCGACCUGUCUGGGUUCCCAUUUCUAAACCCACUAAUUGACAUUCAAAUGUACGGAACACCAAUUCAGUUUUUGCAAGUACCCGAGGAAAUCAAAACCCAAAUUUCCACGGAUAUAAAGGAGAAAAAACCGCGUACCGUAUUCUCUCAGGACGGGUUAAACGUCGAAAAACUGAAAGACGCGCUUCCGGAAAACGAAAAAUCCCAUUUGACGACUACUCAAAAAGAGGUCGGAUGGGCGUGUCCCACGUGUACAUUUGUGUUCCAAGAGGAGAAGAAGCUCCGCGAGCAUCAACGACAAAUUUGUCAAUGUGAUAAGACCUCCUCCCAACCCAAUCUCAACGACCUGAUGUCGCUGCUCACUAGGUCGGAAUCUGAUGACGUUCGAGAAGAAGUGAAUGGUCUUCAAUUGCUCACACAAAUCAGAGUCUAUGGGGAACCCAAAAUCACAAGUUUGGUCCCAGGAUUAGAUGGGAAAAUCGACAACAUUGCACUGUUUGACGAUCAGCAAGCACUGGAAAUUUCGAAAAUCGAUUGUGGCGUUUGUGGUCAGCAAAUCGUAGGAAUCCUGGCCCUCAACCUUCAUUACGAGGAAUCUCACUCCUCGAAAAUCCCAUCUGAUGUUCUUAGGAAGUUCGGUGAGAAGAUUCUAGUCGCCGUACAGCAUAUCAAUCGGGAGAACAAGAGUAAUGAUGGCUCACAGAGCCCACAGAGCAAUGAUGACGAGCCUCUGGAGAAGAAGAUCAAGAUGGAGCAUAACGUUGAUCCAAACGCAGCUGCCAAUCAAUUCGCAAUGUUUCAACAGAUGAUGAGUUGCUUCCCAUUCAUGGCACCUCCUGGAGCCGCUGGUGCGUUUUCUGGGUUCUCACCGGAGAUGUUGAAUCAGUUGAUGAAUCCGGCGGCUGCAGCGGCGGCUGCAGCUGCUGCUGCAAACGUUGGGAAUAGUUCCACACAGAAGCGAGCGAGGACAAGGAUCACUGAUGAUCAGUUAAAGGUUUUGAGACAAUACUUCAACAUCAACAACUCCCCAUCGGAGGCUCAAAUCAAGGAAAUGUCCCAAAAGUCGGGACUUCCGGAGAAAGUAAUCAAGCAUUGGUUCCGCAACACACUCUUCAAGGAACGCCAACGCGACAAAGACUCCCCAUACAACUUUAGCAUUCCACCUCAGAUGGGCAUCGACCUCGACGUCUAUGAGAAGACUGGAGAGACCAAAGUGCACUCUCUGAGCAGCGAAACCCCAAUUAAAUCGGAAUUGAGCUCUGCGCGAGCAACACCAACGCUUCCCCUACCACUGGUUGUCGAGGAAAAGAAGCUUCCAGAGAAGAUUCCAGAGACCAAGAGCCAAUCCUCAUCAGCUUCUUCCUCUCAGCUCAACCUCCAAGCAAUGCUCUCUCAAAUGCAAAACAACUUUUUCGACCCAACCACUUUUAUGGCCGCUGCCGCGAACCCCAUGACCAAUCCAUCAACCCCGUCGUCAUGUAACACAACUUCUAGUGGUCGGAGAGCCAAUCGAACACGAUUCACGGAUUUCCAGCUACGCACGCUUCAGCAGUUCUUUGACAAGCAAGCCUAUCCAAAAGAUGAUGACUUGGAAGCGUUGAGCAAGAAGUUGCAGUUGAGCCCACGGGUAAUUGUCGUGUGGUUCCAGAAUGCGAGGCAGAAGGCGCGAAAGAUCUAUGAGAAUCAGCCGAAUCACGAGAACUCGGAUCGAUUUGUGCGGACGCCGGGGUCGAAUUUUCAGUGUAAAAGAUGCAACCAAGUCUUCCAACGCUACUACGAACUCAUCCAACAUCAGCAGAAGAAGUGCUACAAGGACGACGGCGCCGCACUGGCCAGCGAUAACAAAAGUGUGGAAGAAUCGUUGACCGACGAGGAAAAAGCUCAACUGCUAGCCCAACAACAAGUCCUCACAAUGGAUAUUCCAAAGUUCCAACCAGCGGAUCUUCUUAAGAUGAUUGGUGCCGCCGGUGGCUCCAGCUCCUCCAGUGAUGUCCUAAUGAAGAUGUGCGAGAAUAUUGGAUUCCACAAAACGUGUCUUUUUUGUCAGCAAGAGUUCCGGGACAAGAAUGCGAUGACAGAGCAUAUGAACCAGAAGCAUAACAUGGCUUUUGCCAACAUCGAUGUUGAUAUGAUGCCAGACGCGUCGGAUAUGUUUCUAGAUAAUAAGGAGUCAGCGUUGGACCUAUCUGGGUCAUCAGUAGACUAUCGAGAGUCGAUUAGUACGAGUCCUCCAAGAUCUGAAGAUGAUGUGCUCACGGAGCAACUCGAUGAUUCUACUUUCGCAGCGUUGCUCUCAAAUGGGGGCUCUGGAUCCGAGUGUAGGUCGCCAGCAAGCAGCUCAAAACGAUUUCGUACCCAUUUAACACCGAUGCAAGUUCAAAUGAUGAAAAGUGUAUUCAAUGAAUACAAGACGCCAUCGAUGGCCGAGUGUGAGCUUCUAGGGAAGGAGGUGGGACUUCACAAACGUGUCGUUCAAGUGUGGUUUCAAAAUGCGAGAGCCAAGGAGAGAAAGACACGGGGUACUGUAGACGAAGAGUCGAGAUCCGGGGAAUUGAAUUGUGAGCAGUGUGACAAAAGUUUUGGGACGAGAUUGGCACUGCAGGAUCAUCUUUUCACGGCGGAGCAUAUUGGUGUGUUGAGAGCACAGCUUAAGAAGGAAGGGGUGUCGGAAUUGACGACGGCGUCGGUGACCGAGUGCUCGCCGGAGAAGAAAUCCUCCAAAACGGCUCAAAACGCGUUCGACCUGUCUGGGUUCCCAUUUCUAAACCCACUAAUUGACAUUCAAAUGUACGGAACACCAAUUCAGUUUUUGCAAGUACCCGAGGAAAUCAAAACCCAAAUUUCCACGGAUAUAAAGGAGAAAAAACCGCGUACCGUAUUCUCUCAGGACGGGUUAAACGUCGAAAAACUGAAAGACGCGCUUCCGGAAAACGAAAAAUCCCAUUUGACGACUACUCAAAAAGAGGUCGGAUGGGCGUGUCCCACGUGUACAUUUGUGUUCCAAGAGGAGAAGAAGCUCCGCGAGCAUCAACGACAAAUUUGUCAAUGUGAUAAGACGCUAACUCUGGUUCAGACCCACUACUCGUGCAAAUCUUGUAAAUCCGAUUUUUGCCUUCAAUCCGAAUACCUCUUCCAUCUCUCAAUGCCACCCCAUAUCUAG